AUGUACAUUCCACAGAAACGAGGCCUCAGCCAGAAGAACGGCAUCUUCAUCGUCUGUGUCUCGGUCAUCAUCUUCGUUCUCGCCGUCUGCAUCUGCGUGUAUUUCGGGGCUCGAUGGCUUCGGCAACGGUACUAUGAGCCCAAAUACAUCCCUGGACAAUCCUUGAAGCGCAAAUGGAAGCAAUGGUGCCCGGGAAGCGCCGCGUAUGGGCAGGUCCCGAACCAAAAUGGUCAAAACAAUGGCCAGAACACCUCUUAUCCUGGUGCCGGUGGAUCGAUCCCGGAGAUGAGCGCCAUCGCCUCUACUAACAACCGCAAUAACAACAACAAUGGUGUGCAACGCGAAACAUCCGUCCGCUCGAUCAUGACCUUACCGCCCUACUCGGCAAGUCCCAAACCGACCGAGCAAGUCAUCGCCCGGGAGGGAGAACGGGCUGGCAUGGAUAUGGUCGUCGAAUUCCCUGAAACUGCCGAUGAACAAGAAUCACGCCGCGAGGAUCAGAUGGAAGCGCUGUAUCAGCUCCGCCUCCAGCGUCGACAGGAACUGGCCGAUCGUGAGGCUCGCCGACGAGAUCGACGGGAGGCACGAGCGCGAGGGAACUCGAUCCCUCUCGCGCAACUCUCUCAGGAACCUGGCGCUCGGGGCCGAGGUCGCCGCGAUGGAAACGGAAGCAACACUUCCGUUAAUGCAUCGGCCGUCAUCGCUGAACACCAGGCUCGCGAAAGAGAUCGGCGGAUCGCCAGCGUCAGCUACGCGGAGCUCGGCCACGUUCGACAUGACGGGUCACGUCUUCGAGCCGACUCGCACGCUUCGGAUUCUGAUCAAUACCCACUACUUCAGAACGCUGCCGUGAAUGCCUCAUCGCCAUCUUUGAUGGAUCCGCCAAGCAACCGCUCACGCGUCGAGUCAUUUGCAUCCACCGUAUCCACCGAGGCUGAUCCGUUAGUCCUGCAUCAGACGUCAACACGCGGAUCGUCCAUUCGACCAGUCUCCCAAGCCACCGAAGAAGGUGACCUGGGCACCCUGAGUAUCCCGCCACCACCCGACUAUGACCAUCUCGACUGGGGUGAAGCACCUGCCUACGAAAGCCCGAUCGUCGAACGGAGUGACCACCGACUUCCGGAGGUCAUGCGUCUGCCGCCUAUCCAUGUCAAUAUCUCCAGUCCCAUCACGCUCUCCCCCGCAACACCCACGGAUUCUCAUACCCGAGAAUCUUUACCUAACCCCCCGACCCCGCCAACCCCGACAGGACCUUUGCCAACCUCGACGGCGGCGUCGGACAGUGUAUCUGCAUCUGGCCCUCCACCCACCACUACUGGGCAUGCCGCCGUUUCACAAUAA